CACCAUCUCACUUCUCACCGACCGAGCCGCCGAAGUAAAUCGAGAAGCAAAGAUCAAGAACGCGGCGAGGUCCACCUCUGAUCUCCUACGUCUUCGUCCUUAAUCUCCAAUUAAUCCUCGCCCCCCCUGUUCCCUCAGCGGGCGGCGCCGGCGCGUUGCUCGCUUCCCCUCCUUGAUCGCCCUCCUCGCCGCUACACGGAGGCGGCCGUGCCGUGCCGUGGCCCCGGCGGCGGGGGCGGGGGAACCAUGUACAGAUCGGCGGGGGUCGCGAUGGCGUGGAACGUCUUCCGGUUCUGCACGGCGCUUAGGGGGCUUGGCUCAAUCAUGAUCCUGCUCGUCCUCGUCAUCGUCGGCGUCACCUACUACGCCGUCGUCCUCUGCAACUACGGCCCCGCCCUCCUAGCCGGCGGCGCCACCACCCUCGCCGCGCUCGCCGUCCUGCUCCUCUUCCACUUCCUGCUUGCUAUGCUAUUAUGGAGCUACUUUUCUGUUGUGUUCACCGACCCUGGUUCCGUUCCACCCAAUUGGAAUCUUGAUUUCGAUGCGGAGAUGGGAGAAACCGCUCCCCUUGCUAGUUCAGAGUUCAGCAGCCAGAUGAACUCACAACAAUCUGUAGCCCUUGGCAGUAUGGGAAAUCCAAGGGUCAGGUACUGUAGGAAGUGCAACCAGCUGAAGCCACCUCGGUGCCAUCACUGCUCUGUUUGUGGAAGAUGUGUUCUUAAGAUGGACCAUCAUUGUGUAUGGGUUGUUAAUUGUGUUGGGGCGCUGAACUACAAGUACUUUCUUCUCUUCCUGUUUUACACCUUCCUGGAGACAACACUUGUCACACUAUCUUUAUUGCCUCACUUCAUAGCCUUCUUCAGUGACAUCGACAUCCCAGGAAGUCCUGCAGCACUUGCAACCACAUUUCUCACCUUUGUUCUGAAUCUGGCCUUCUCCUUGAGUGUUCUUGGUUUUAUGAUUAUGCAUAUUUCACUUGUCUCUGCUAAUACAACAACGAUUGAGGCAUAUGAGAAGAAAACAACUCCACAUUGGAUAUACGAUCUUGGCCGAAAGAGGAAUUUUGCUCAGGUUUUUGGAAAUGACAGGAAAUAUUGGUUCAUCCCUGCAUACUCAGAAGAAGAUUUGAGAAGAAUUCCAGCUUUACAGGGUCUUGAUUAUCCUGUGAGACCAGAUUUUGAUGGUCAAGAACUGUAAUGAAGCAAUUUUGCCAGUGCCCUUCUCUUCCCAUUGGCAUUGGAUGUGUUUCCAUGUCAGUUUUGAUGGUUUUUUCUGGUCAGGUACCUCAGUGUUGGAUAUCUGCUGGUACAACUGACAGCAUUGCUGAUUGUGUUAUGCAACAAAUCAAAUGAGCCUGUCAUGCCGUUCAAAAUAUGAUUUUAGCAACCAUGAGUGAUGCAUUUCUGUUGCAUGUUUGUUGCAAAUGCAACGAAAUGGGAAUUUCGAAAUCCUCCUGCAGCCAGAGGGGAUCUGUAAUGUAAAUUAAUCUUUACGGCCUUUUUGGAUGGGCCGAAUCUCAGCCUAAUCCACGUGGAUAGGCCAGGAAUUCGGACCAGACUUUUCUGGUCCAUCCACGUGGAUUGGACUGGGAUUUGCACCACCCAAACAGGGCAUUAGUGUGUUUGAAAUAGGCUUUGAGAUGUAUUCUGUACUUCUGUUGAGUUAUGCAAUACAACUAUACAAGUACCGUUUCAGAAAUGUUGCACCACAUUUAUACAGUAUCAAGGAUGGAUGAUCAAGUGUUGUAAUUUAUUCAAAAUUGUUAAACAUGUAUCUGAGAAUUUUAGCUCGCAUCUUGAUUAAA